AAUAGGAGGGGAGAGGUGGUUUGUGAAGACUUCACUUACAGCCGCUGCCGCUGCUGCCGCCGCUACCCUCGCUGUUGCCGCCACGGCCUGAAGAAGCCCCAUCCAUCCGCUUGCAGCCGGGGAAACUCAGAGCUUGGGAGGGGCCUGGGGCCCGGGCCGCCCGCCUCCUUCUUCUAUCGUCCGGAGCUUCCUCCUCCUCCACCAACCCUUGGCCCUCCCCUGCGCUUCCGCCCUCCUCCUCGGCUUCUUGCUGCCAGCCAACCGCGCGGCCGCUUGUUGAACCAGGCUCCACCGUCUCCUUGACGCCGGGCAAACAUUCCGGUGCUUUGGCCCGAGUGACUAACGCCCGGGCUUGGGGUCUAGGUACAACGGAACCCGCUAGGGAAGGAGCUGGUAGACCAACCCCCAGCCAGUUGCCACCAUGCCCAUCUCUCCGGCAAGCAGUCGCAAGCAGACGAGUCUCGCGGUAAGCAGUAGCUCAUCAGCAAGGAAGUCUAUUAAUUUUACUAGCUCAGCAAAAGGAGUUCAAAUGAAAGGAUAUGUGGGUGCAACCCAAAGCAGAACUGGUAUAUCAAAAACCAUGGUUGCUGUACCUGAAAUGAAAACGGGAGAAAAAAUGGGUAUUUCUACCAAUAAGCCAUACAUACAGGUGACUGAUAUACAUGGAGUUGAUGUUACUCCCCGACCUCUUUAUCAUCCAGAUCCACUUACUGUUACAGCAAAGCCCAAUAAACUUUUGACGUCACAAGAAGGAUCACUUGGAUCGGAAUUUAUAUCUUCCUAUAGUCUUUAUCAGAAUACAGUAAAUCCUAGUAUGAUAGGGCAGUUUACAAGGUCGAUUUUAGGAAGCAGUACAGUUUCUAAAUCAAGUGUGUCAACAACUGAGUCAAUAGCAGAAGACCUAGAAGAACCAUCUUAUAAACGAGAGAGAUUGGCUAGUUUUACAGAUUUACGAGUUGUGAGAGCAACACCUGAAAAAAUUGUAACAAAAGAAGACUUGGAGAAGAAUAUAGAGAUAAUACUCACAGAGACAGAAACACUAAAAUUUUUUGAUCUGCCAACAGUCAUGGUCUCUCUAGAAGCUGAAGAAGCUGAAAAAGUAAACCAGAGAAACAAGAAAUAUGAGACCCUUUGUAAAAACAGAGUUGGCAAUGACUUAUAUGUUGAAAGGAUGAUGCAGACUAUUAAUGGAGCACCAAAGAACAAAGAAAUUCAAUGUGACAAAAUCAUAAUGGAGGACAAAGGUAUAAUGUCCACUUCUUGGGAUAUGUAUGAUACUUAUAAUGCUCUGGAGCUUUCAUCUUCACCAGUAAAACAAUCUGUGGUUGAAUCAAGUAAUAAAGGAAGUAUACCCGCUAAAGAACGUGAUCAAAGAUUGCCAGGGAGCACUACAGAAAAAAGUAGUGAAGCUAGUUCCUUAAUGGAUAUAGAAAAUGUAAUUAUGUCUAAAAUCCGUGAAGCUGAAGAAGACCAUUCAGAUGCAAUAUUAAAGUCUGACAAGUUUCAUCAAGACUUAUUUUUUAUGGAACGGGUUUUAAUGGAAAAUAUAUUUCAGCCCAAACUUGCGGCUUAUCGUCAGCUUCCUGUUUUAAAAGAACCUGAGCCUGAAGAACCUGAAGACAUUUUAGAAGGUGAAAAGCUUACAGAGGUAGAGGAAGAAAAGAAGGAGGAGGAUGAAGAAAUAGAAAUAGGUGUAGAACAAUCAACAAUACCAGCCAAUUUGGAAAGACUUUGGUCCUUUACCUGUGACUUAACCAAAGGUCUUAAUGUGAGCAGCCUCACCUGGAAUAAAACAAAUCCAGAUCUUUUGGCUGUUGGCUAUGGGUACUUUGGAUUUAAAGAGCAAAAAAGAGGAUUGGCUUGCUGCUGGUCGCUAAAGAAUCCCAUGUGGCCAGAACGUAUUUAUCAGAGUGUACAUGGAGUUACUGCUGUGGAUUUUUCUAUUGGAGCACCUAAUCUUUUAGCAGUUGGCUAUCACAAUGGCACAAUUGCAAUUUAUAAUGUGCAGAGCAACAGUAGUGUUCCAGUUCUGGAUAGUAGUGAAUCUCCUCAAAAACAUCUGGGACCUGUAUGGCAGCUACAAUGGAUAGAACAAGAUAGAGGAACAACAUGUGAUGAUAAACGAGAAAUACUUGUUUCUAUAUCAGCAGAUGGAAGAAUCUCCAAAUGGGUUAUACGAAAAGGACUGGACUGUCAUGAUUUGAUGCGAUUGAAACGAACUGCUGCUAGCAACAACAAAAAAGGAGGGGAAAAGGAAAAGAAAGGUGAAGCUUUGAUAUCUCGACAGGCUCCUGGAAUGUGUUUUGCUUUUCAUCCCAAGGACACAAAUAUCUAUUUGGCUGGCACUGAAGAAGGUCAUAUUCACAAAUGUUCUUGUUCAUAUAAUGAGCAAUACCUGGAUACCUACAGAGGACAUAAGGGUCCAGUGUACAAAAUAGCAUGGAAUCCAUUUCAUCAUGAUGUAUUCUUAAGCUGUUCUGCAGAUUGGGGUGUUAUUAUAUGGCAACAAGAGAGUCUUAAGCCAUUUUUGAGCUUUUAUCCCACUACUUAUGUUGUUUAUGAUGUUGCCUGGUCUCCAACAUCAUCCUAUAUAUUUGCAGCUGCAAAUGAGAGCAGAGUGGAAAUUUGGGACCUUCACAUCAGCACCUUGGAUCCUCUGAUUGUGAAUGUUGCUAACCCGGGAAUCAAGUUCACAACUGUUCUUUUCGCCAAACAAACAGACUGCCUUCUGGUGGGAGACAGUGAUGGACAGGUCGCUGUGUAUGAACUGAAGAAUAUGCCCACUACUUCGGAUUCUGGCCGGGGAGAUAUAAUAUGUACUUUGCUUGGCCCGAAGUCAAAUCAACCAGGAUAAUGCAUCAUUACUAAUAUCUUUUUUGUGUUCUUGUUUAAAGAAAAGGAAACAGUGUUAAAUAUUUGACAGAAUCUGUACUGUAUCCUGUAAUCUGGAAUUUUUAUUUUAGAAAGCAGUAUUUGAGGUAUACUUAUGUUUGAAUCCUAUGUAAAUUGAAUGGUCUUUGAUUUUAGAGAUGUAUGAUUAGUUUGUGAUGCAAGCCAGUUGUAAGAUUUUUGUUAGCGUUUUCUUAAUUUUUCUAAUGAUAGUCGUACUCUACUUCAUGGACAUAUUCCAAUGAAUCUUCUUGUAAACUGUCCAAAUAGGUUAUAAAAUUAUUAUAACAUUAGAAGCAAAACUUCGAAAUUAUUAGAAUUACUUAAGCUGAAAUCUUUAUAAGGCAAAGUUCUGUAGACUUCUAAAUAUUCUGCUUUCCAAUAUUCAUGCAGGGUUAUGAAUUAUGCAAUUGUUAGUGUAGUGAGAAUCUUGGAUUCUCAUACCCAACUUUGAAUCAAAGUUUUUUCCUCUUAGAUCUGAGAGCUGAGGCUAUAGAACCUUGUUAAACUAUUUGACAAGCAAAGACAUGGCAGCAAAUGUUAGAAUUGCAUUGUGAAGAGUUAGUCUGGUACACAUCCUGGUACCCUCCUCCCAAUGCCCAGAAUCUGUUCUGGAGUUUAAGCCCAGACUUAAGUGACCUAAGAGAAAAUAGAAAGUCCCUGAUACAUAGACCACAUCAGAUGUUAUUUUAUGAAGGGUUAUAGGGCAAGCUUGUGAAAACAGGGGUGGGGGCCGUGGCUUUUCUAAUUACAGAAUGCUGAUUGUCUAUUCCAUGCUGUUUCUUUUAACAAGUCCUGAAUGUGUUAAAAGAAGUCAUAGGACAUUAUAGCCUGUUCUGUAAAGCAUUAUAAGUGGAAAGGAUAGGGCAUUUAAAACUCACUAAACUCUCUGAAACAAAUUUAAACAUUGAGAAUGGAAUCAGUGCAAUAGUGGGAACUACCUUUUGCAAGUAUCCAUUGCUUCACAAUCUCCAUUUCUUUGAAACCAUCCUUUAAACAAAAGCAACACAUUUUUUAAAGUGGAUUGAAAGCUUAGGUUAGGUUAUCAGAAUUACACAUUUUCUAUUGGUAUAAAGCAUUAUGAUUCUUCUCUUUGUCUUUCUGAAAGGUUGGAUUGUCCAUAGGUGUUUG